AUGAAAAUUAUAACUUUAAUAAUUUCAUUUUUAUUUUUAAUAAAUAAUGUAUAUUCAAUUGAUCCAACAAUUGUAAGAUUUAAUUCACCAAAUACAGAUUCUUAUGGUUCAGAUUCAUGUACAACUGUUUUUAAUGUUUUAAUACAAUAUAAAAGCUCAGUACCAGAGGAUAAAUUUACCUACAGUAGUGCUGGUGGGUUUGGUUAUCCAUCAAUUAUAAAUGGUUCGUUAUAUUUAUUUAAUGUUCAACAUAGAGUUCCAGUUGGUCAAAAUCAAACUGUUUCAUUCCAACUUCAAGAUUCAUCAGUAUCUCCAAAAAUAACCUGGUACUUUACUGAUUAUGCUACUAUUGACUGUGAUCCAAUCCCAACCAAUCUCACAAUUAAAGCUAAACAAAACACAUGGGUUUCAAAUAAAGGAGGAUUGGGUACCUUAUUUUGGUUAAAAUGGUUUGAAGUUAGUGGUCUCGAAAAGUCAGCUCCAUAUGAUGUUUUUACUUGUAAUGUUCCACAACCAUUUUAUUGUGUUAUCCAAGAGCAUACCAAUGGACCAAAGGAUAUUAAUUUCCUAUUUCAAAUUAUUUCUCUAAAGAUGAAUGCCCCAUUUACCCCAUUUGAUGUUGUUAUUUCCGAUAUUUAUGGUAGAGUUUUGCAUACUAGUGUCUUUGAUGGUUUAGAAGGUCCAACCAAUCCACCAAUCUCAAUUACAGGUAUAGAAGUUUACCCAAAAAAUGGUUCCACUGUGCACACUGACGAAAUGUUCAAAACUACAGUAUAUGUAAUGAAUAUUUUAAAUUAUCAAGGUAUCUGUAGUGUCGAUUCAUUAAAUGAUGGCUUUAUUAAAAACUCUCUAAUUCCAUUCUAUGGAAGCCCUUCUAAUGCAUCAUAUGCUGGCUUUACAGAGCUAUUGGGUAAUAGUCCAAGUAUUUCAAAUCUUCAAAUUACAGAUUCUCAAGGUAACAAGAGAGCUAGUGAUUAUCACUAUGUUUAUUUUACCAAAAAUGAUAAUAAUGGAAUUAUUGAAAAUGGAAAUUCAAUUCAAGUAGAGGACACUUUAAUUAAUUACUCUAUCAUAAAUAUUAAUGCAGAUGCUUCACAUGCCACAGAUUCUUAUUUCUAUUCAAAAAUGUUUGAACAAAACAUACCUUUAAAAUACCCAUUUGGUUACUCUAAAGGUACAAUCAAAUACCAUACUGUUUCUGCAUCUUUCCCUGUUCCUAGAGCAAGCUCAAAUUUAAACGGUUCAAUCUCUAUAGUAUUAUCACAUAAUCUUGUUGAGGAAUCUUCAGUAGUUUUAAGCGAUUUUAUAGAUACUACAAAUCCACAAGUUUUAAAAGUUGAAACUGUUUUCCUUAAUUUCGAACAGGUUAUUACUAGAAUUUAUGCAAAAGAUCUUGAAUCUGGUAUUGAUCACAUAGAACUAACUUUUUCAAAAUUAACCUCCUCAGAUUUAGUUUAUGGCGAUAACUUUAAUGGUGUUUAUGAAAUUGUUGAAACUUUUUAUUCUUAUUCAGGUAUAAAAACUCCACAUAUAACCCUUUAUGAUGGCGCAAACAACAAUGUCGAAUUCAAAAGUAACCAACCAAUCUUUGAUUCAGAAUUAAAUAAACUCCCAGACUACCCACUAUAUACUCAUAUUAAAGAAACCACUGGUCUUGAACCACUCUCAUUUUUAGCAUUUGAAUUUAUAUACAAUGAUAUCGAUGUUUCAAACGGCCCAGCUAAUAAUUCUUUAUGUUUUGACUUUGCUGGUUCAAAUAAAACAAUGAUUCCACGUUUUACUUUAUAUUCACAUCCAUUAAACUAUGGUUUUGAAGAAAAGGCUUUUAUUGGUUCAUGGAAUGAUGCCAAAGAAAUGUUUUGUUUAGAUUUCCAAAUUCCAGCAAGAAUGUUUACUGGUGAUGCACUUUAUUCAAUCUAUAUAUCCCCAUUUUACUAUGAAUCUCCUCAUCUUAUAGGUAAUAUUGGAGAAAAAGCUCAAUUAAGAGUUAGAUCAAGCUUUGCAGAUCAAAUGCCACCAAUUAUUACAGAAUUUGCCACAUAUCCAUCAAAUAAUGUCGAAAUUACCGAAAAUACAAACAUUGGAUGGAAUAUUAGAAUCGAAGAUUCACCAAAUGGUUUUAAAUCUGCCGAAUUCAAUAUUACAAGUGACUUUGAUUUAGAACCAUAUACAAUUAGAUUAACUCCAACUAAUGCAACCUCAGGUAAUGAAAAUAGCGGUACAUAUCAAUUAAGAAUCCCAAUUAAAGCAAAUACAUGCAGAUCACAAUCAUUUAGAAUUUCAUCCGCUUCAAUUACUGAUACCCAAGGUCACACUUCACUCUUACCAUCAGUCUACUUUUUUAACCCAUUAAUGAAGUUCUUAGACUCACCACAUUUAACCUUAAAUAUUACAUGUCCACAAGCUAUUGUCGAUAAUACCCCACCAGUUUUAACCAGCUUCUCACCAUCAGUCAACACCAUCGAAGUAGGUGUUUACAAAGACUUUAGAAACAUUACAUUCACAUUCACAACAACCGACUCAGGCUCUGGUAUUUCAACAAGACAUAUUCCAGUUAUCUAUCUCACAGCAAAAGGAUUCAACAAUCCAAUCUCUAAAGUUAGUGAGUUAGCAUCUUACUCUAAUGGCUUUGCAACCUAUACAUGUACUAUUCAAUUACCAUAUGGUUAUGGUUCAUACCAAGGUAUUCUUGUUUCAGUCUACGGUAUUGUUGAUAAUCAAUUAAACAUCAAUGGUUAUUCCACUACUGAUCUUCAAUCACUUGGUUUCCAAAGCACUAUUAAAGUAACCUAUUCAAACAAUCCAGUACUCGAUACCACCAGCGCCAUUAACUCUACUGGUGCAUCAUUAACAAUCUAUGGUCACAAAUUCGGCAUCGAUUCCACUAAAAUUACUUUACAAGUUGAUUAUCAAAACGGUCAAGGUUGGAAAAACACACCACUUUCAUUCUUUUCAGGUAUUAUUUUAAUGACCAACAGUAUCACACCAACAUCCACACCAUUUUAUGUUCGUGUUAUUGUCGAUGAUAGAAUUUCAAACUCACUUUUAGUAGUCCCAACUGGUAGUAAUAACCAAUGCAAAUACGAAAUUAUUCAAAAAAUUAUUGCUCAAUGGAAUAAUUCACAAAACUCUCCAUUUGUUCAAGUUCAAGCUAUUAUUAAAAAUACAGGUAUCAAACCAAUUUCAUAUUUCAGUUUCAAAAUGGACAAUAUUGAUCAAAUAUGGAGUGUAGAUAAAGAAGGUAAUAACUAUUCAUUACCAUGGCAUCCAGCCAUUAACCCAUUCGAACAAUAUAUCUUUAGCUAUACCUUUGGAGGUUCAGUUGAGGCAGAAAUUAAAGAACCAACAUUUGUUUGCUAA